UAUCUCUCACUGGCUUUUUAAUGCGAAGCUCCGAUCCCAGUGCCCCUCACUCCAAGAUUUAUGCAAGAACCGGCACAUUCAAAGCUUGAGAACAACAACCUUGGAGCAGCUUUUAGCUGGGGAGGGGAGCUUUGCACACAAGGGAGAAGAUGGAUUCUGGAAAGCAGCUGUCGGGCACUCUUAUACUGGCAGUCUUCACGGCUGUGCUCGGGUCGCUGCAGUACGGCUACAGCCUUGGAGUCAUCAACGCACCACAAAAGGUCAUCGAGCGGCACUAUGGCCGUGCCUUGGGGGUCCUUCAAAACGUGUCCCACUCCGAUAAUGCCACCGAAGGACUUCCCCACCCCACCGUGCUCAUGUACUGGUCCUUGUCCGUGUCCAUCUUCUCCAUCGGCGGCAUGAUCUCUUCCUUCUUCGUGGGGUUUGUGGGUGACCUGAGAGGAAGGGUGAAGGGCAUGCUAGCGGUGAACAUCCUAGCUGUUACGGGGGGCCUGCUGAUGGGUCUGGCCAACAAGGGCGUUCCUCACAUCAUGGUCAUCGCAGGCCGAGCCGUGAUGGGAUUCUACUGUGGUCUGUCCUCUGGCCUGGUGCCCAUGUAUGUUGGAGAGAUCGCACCGGUGGCAUAUCGAGGUGCUUUGGGCACCCUGCACCAACUGGCCAUAGUGUCUGGGAUCCUCAUUAGCCAGGUGAUUGGUCUGGACUUCCUGCUGGGGAACGAUGCUCUCUGGCCGGUCCUGCUGGGCCUGUCUGGGGCGCCUGCCAUCCUCCAGAGCCUGCUGUUGCCCCUGUGUCCCGAGAGCCCUCGCUACCUCUACAUCAAACUGGGCAAAGAGGAGGAGGCACGAAAAUGUAUGAGACGGUUCCGUGGGGAAUGUGACUUUUCGAAAGACCUGGCAGAGAUGAAGAAGGAGAAGGAGGAGGUGAUGAAGGAGGCGAAGGUGUCCAUCGUGACACUGGUGCGCUCGCCCGCCUACCGACAGCAGCUGCUCGUGGCGUUGAUGAUGCACCUCUCCCAGCAGUUCUCCGGGAUCAACGGCAUUUUUUAUUACUCGACGGCAAUUUUCUACAAAGCUGGUGUUACAGAGCCGGUCUACGCUACUAUCGGCGUGGGUGUAAUAAACACCAUUUUCACCAUGGUUUCAGUGGUACUGGUGGACCGGGCCGGCAGACGUACUCUGACCCUGAUCGGACUCGGUGGGAUGUGCUGCUGUGCCGUGGCCAUGUCCGUUGGUCUUGUCUACCUGAGCACAUACUCCUGGAUGAGCCAUGUCAGCAUGGCCGCCAUCUUCUUGUUCGUGUGCUUCUUUGAGAUCGGGCCAGGCCCCAUCCCGUGGUUCAUUGUGGCAGAGCUCUUCAGCCAAGGCCCACGGCCUGCGGCGUUAGCCCUGGGCGGCUGCGUCAACUGGACAAGCAACUUCAUCAUUGCCAUGUGCUUUCCGUACGUGGAGGCCCUUUGCGGAAGCUACGUCUUCACCAUCUUUGCGGCUCUCCUAUUCAUCUUCACCCUCUUCACGUACUUCCGGGUGCCGGAGACCAAGGGCAAGACGUUUGAGGAGAUCGCUGCCGAGUUUCAGAGCAGGCGAGGUCACCGCCCCCCCAUCGCCGCGGCGACAGAGCUGGAGCACCUGAAGUCAUCCUCAGAGGCCUGAAAGGUCAUUGUGGCUGGUGACUGCACACGGACCCAUAGAGUUCCAUAACUAUAGACAGUCAAGUUAUGUUAUCAUUUUAGCUCGUGUGUAUUUUAAGUGUUUUUAUUUAUCCGUUUGCUUAGUAAUGGGAUUGACUUAGAGCAUACUUAGUGUUAUUCAUGCUACGCUACAAGUGUUAGAGUUCAUAGUUGGUUCAAAUAAUGUCGCGUUGGUGGGAGAGUAUCAAGCAGAAUAAGUACUGUGGUCUUGUAUGAGAAGACGGGCCGAGCUGCCAGGGCCGUAAGGUAAACUGGUCAGUCGCUGGCCUGCUGGUGCACGGAAAAGUAAACCAUAAACUCAGAACUGCAGCAAAGCUCAACAAGCAAAGUCCAAUGGCUUAGAAAAGGGUCCGGCUGGCUGGCUGGCUGGCUGGUUGUGUGUUGCCCUUACCGCCGCCUUUCCUUAUACUCUUACCUCUUAUUCUGCUUAUUUGGUAGUGAGCUAGUGAGCCACCUGAGAGAGAACCAGCGUAGCUUAAUAGGCUGGGCCAGGAUUUUUUACAGUGUGGGGAUUACGCCGUUCAUGGCUUAUACCUAUAUUACAGCUGGCUUAGUAUUAUGAGAUUUACGACAUUCUGUAUUAUUAGUAUAAUAUUUCGCUACAUUUUUAUUUAUUACACCUUACGUGCUUUGUAGUUAGAGUAUGCUAUAAUACGUGUUACAAUACGUUAUAAAUGCACUCGUACUCACAGGAAGUGUUACGUUACUGUCUUUAAUCAGGAAGUAGAUUUUCUGCAAAUUUAGGGCCUUGAAAAUUUGAUGAUUUCUUUUUCCCCCCAAAUCUCUUGUGUUCUUAUCUCUUGUAUAACUAACAGUUCGGCCAUGUUAACGCCGUUCAGUUUAAGCAUUAUUUUUGCUCUGCGCUACAUUCCUUUCGAGUGUAUGCAGGACAAAAAGACUUUUUUUUAAUGGUUUCUUUUCCCAAGCUAAAAAAAAAAAAAAAAAUCAAGCGAACAGUAAUUUCUUUAUACUGCGUGUCUAUUUUAAAAUUCUCAAUUCUGAAAAUGAUUCAUCAUUUGAUCUAACAAAUAAUGGCAGGAGAAAAGGGACUGCAGAAUCCAUAGUGGGUGAGAUUAUCAUGAGCUGUCAGUCACUGGGUAGUUUAACUCCUUUACAGAAGCUAUUAUAUAGUUACCAAUAGAUUUUGGCAGCGAUUGACAGUGCACAGUAAUCCCACCUACUGUUGUGUUUCAAUCACCCUCAUUGUUGCUGAUUAAAAUGUAAUAAAGUCUAAAAACAAAGGUUUUA